GUGACGAGAGGUGCUGGCCGUGCCAUUUCUGACGAGCCGAGACUCCCAAGAUGGAAACUCUGUCUUUCCCCAGAUAUAAUGUAGCCGAGAUUGUGACUCAUAUCCGAAACAAAAUCUUAACAGGAGCCGAUGGUAAAAACCUCUCCAAAAAUGAUCUCUAUCCCAAUCCGAAGCCCGAGGUCCUGCACAUGAUCUACCUGCGGGCCCUGCAGAUCGUGUACGGGACGCGCCUGGAGCAUUUCUACAUGAUGCCCGUGAACUCCGAUGUCAUGUAUCCACACCUAAUGGAGGGCUUCUUACCAGUCAGCAAUUUAUUCAUCUAUCUGAACUCAUUUCUGCCCAUCUGCCGGGUGAACGACUUCGAGACUGCUGAUAUUCUGUAUCCAAAAGCAAAACGGACCAGUCGGUUUUUGAGUGGCAUCAUCAACUUCAUCCACUUCAGGGACUCGUGCCGUGAGACCUACAUGGAGUUUCUCUGGCAAUACAAAUCUUCUGUGGACAAAAUGCAGCAGUUAAAUGCCGCACACCAGGAGGCGUUAACGAAACUGGAGAGACUCGAGUAAGUGGAUUCAGAGACCAAACAAUCGCGACUUCAGAACCCCAGAGCGGACCGUCGCGAGUUGCUGUCUGAGUCUGUUGCGGGCGCGAGCCUUUGCAGCCCGCCCGUGGAAGCUGCCGUCGGAGGCGGCAGUGAGCGCGGGGCGGGCGUGAGCGUGAACACGGAUCUCCCUGUGUCCCUUCCUGCUGUCCCCAGACUGCACUGGGCCGCCCAGGCACUGCGGCCAGCCCUCAGGGUGCCUCUGGGAGUCUCGCGUUUCCACGGGGAGGAGGUGUCCGGCAUCUACCGGGGACACUGCAGUUUCGGCGUGAAUCACGUGACCUCCGCUCGGAUACUGCUGCAAGAGAGAAAUGCCCAGAAGAAGUCGGAUAUUUUGGAGCGAACCAAGCGUUUGAAUGAACUGAAAUUGGCGGUGGUGUCUUUGAAAGAAGUACAGGAGAGUUUGAAAACAAAAAUUGUGGAUUCUCCAGAGAAGCUGAAGAAUUAUAAAGAAAAAAUGAAAAAUACAGUCCAGAAGCUUAAGAACUCCAGGCAAGACGUGUCGGAGAAGUACGAAGCGUACCGGGACUCGGUGGACGGCCUGCCGUCCUGCCAGCGGGAGCUGCAGCUCUACCAGAAGAAGGUCCAGGACCUCGCGGACAACAGGGAGAAGCUGGCCGGUCUCCUGAAGGAGAGCCUGAGCCUGGAGGACCAGAUCGAGAGCGGCGAGUCGGAGCUGCGCAGGCUGAAGGCGGAGGAGAGCUCCCUGCGGAGGCUGGCGGGCGCCCGGAAGGACCGGCUGGCCACGGCGCAGUUCCGGAUGAGCAGGAAGCACGAGGACGCCGAGCGGCACAAGCGCGUGGUGAUCGAAGACUGCAACAAGGUCCAGGAGAAGAGAGGGGCCAUCUGUGAGCGCAUCGCCGCCGCCAGCCAGGAGAUCCAGCAGGUCCGGUUCGCGAUCCAGCAGCUGAAGGACGCCACUGAGCGCGAGAAGCAGAAGUCCCAGGUGAGGCCGCCGAGCAACCGCCUCUGCUGCGCCCGCGGCUACCGGGCAGGUCACGACCCCUCCCGUGCGGAGUCCCCUCCCCAGGGCGGACGUGGCCCCGCGGGCCUUUUGCCUUUCCGUCCUGGUGCACACGUUUGUGUGACCGGCCCAGUCGGCUGCGUCCUCCUCCCUGAAGGCACCUAGGGGGUUGUUAUGCUUUCCUGCAUGAGUGGGUAUUCCAGAAUGUUCUGUUGGGAUAAAUGAACGUCAUAGUGACAUCGA